UACGCAUCAUCAAAGGCCAUGCUGGACGUCCGGCACUUAUCUUGAGCAUCAUAUGUCCUGCCGCGAGCACUUACGCGCCGCACAGCAAGCCUUGUGAUUGCUGUGUGCAAGCUCUCAGCACUCCAAAGAACGUUCUCAAUGGGCGUCAAAUGGUUGGUUUCUCGAUAUGGUUGGUCAGGCACGAAAUGUGCCGAAGGGUGACCGAGGAGAGGUACCACCGCAGGUGAUUAAGCCACGACCGCAACUGGAUGUCGUGCCCACAGUCUUCUCUCACAUUCGCUCUGGACAGUCUCGAUACGAAGACUGCGGCUCGACCUCCUCCCACUGUCCUCCUUUGACUCUCCUCCCUUCACAGACACCGACAGAUCCCAGAUUGCGUGAAGUGCCAAUAUCGCCCCCUUUGAAACGACAUAUCCUUUCCCAACGCCUCCGCAGAAGAUGCUCCCGCCCACGCAACCGGCCGGCACGGCUUUGAUGCUCUCUGUGCUUCUUUGGUCCCUCGUAGCGCAGGCCACUUUCCUGGGAAGGUGCUUCGGUUCGUGGGACUGCACUGGCAAGGGCCACAAGAUCUACGGCCACGCCAUUGGGAACAAAACUCUUACCAACUGUCAGAGCUUCAAGUGCGCUGUCAUCGUAGACAGGACGUGCAACUCCGACGACUGUUCCAAUGAUUGCGUGACGGAUGCUUUCCAAGCUGGUGACUGCAUCGCAGACGCCGACCAGAGGAAUCCAGUGCGCUGUGUCCAUGUAGGGAGCGCACUUGUUCUCGACGAUUAGGGCAAGCUCGAGGAUGGAUUUCGCUACUCAUCCUCCUAAUCUUCCAGCCGCAGCUGAGCUGUCAUUCACGCACGUUCAUUCUCUACCCUGCUCUCAUUUGAGUGCCGCCCAUCUACUUGUCAGUAGCCUCAUGCACUGCUGCGAUUCAAUGCUCGCUUUUAGAGCGGCAUAUU